AUGUGGGCUGCUGCGGAGACCCCGUCAGGGAGUCUUCCUUCUCGCUCUGGCGAGAGUGUCCCCCAGAGUCUUCAAACUUCCUCGGAGAAUGUCAAGAGCCUCCGGGGCGGCGUCCUAGCGGCGCCUGGCUCAGGGCCGGAGCCGCGAACAGAGAAGAAGAAAGAGACACCGGCGGAGCGAGCAAGCGUCCUCCAACUCUUCUUCAUUUCCCUCGAUGGCGUCUUCUCCUCUCCACCCGGCACUCCUGGGAAAAAGGGCGAGAAUGAGAGAGGCGAGAACUCCGGCCCGGGAGCGGAUCGGAAAAAACAGCGAGUUGCUCCCGCAGGCGACGUGACCAUGGAAGACGCGGCGGCAACAGAGACAGAAAAGGUGCAAGAACAAGCGACUGAAAUCGACCAAGACGGAGACCAAGUUGCCGCCAUGGCACUGGAGGCGCGACUCCAACUCAACCCGUUCGACGCAGCAGCAUGGGAUGCGCUUCUCGAGAUGAACGAGAGCAGCGAACUGUACGAGCGCGUCUUGGCGAGCUUCCCGACGAGUGUGAAUUACUGGAGGCGCUACGCGGAGUUUUGCUACCGAACGGGGAAACUUCAGGCGGCCUCUGCAGUGUACAGACGCUGCAUUUAUGCCUGUCCCCACUUAGAUCUCUGGCUCUCGUACCUUCGCUUCCUCUAUCGAGUGGGAAGUCUUCAGGACUUCGUUCAGAAUCUCCGCAGGGCUGCCGACAAGGUCGGGUUUUGCCAUCGCUCUGCGCCUCUCUGGAUGGAGCUGCUAGCGCUGUACAUUCGCGUUCACAACACCCUUUUGCUGCUGAAGGGAAACACACAAGGCCUGCUUUCCGCGCCUAACAUCCCGGGAAGCACGGCUGCGGGCCUUUCCCCGACGCCGCUCCUCGCCUCGGAGGCCGAACAGCGCAGCUUCUGUCGACCCAUGAGUGCGACUGUGGGUCCGCUCUCAGAGAAGCUUUCCGACGUAAAUGUGCUGCGAACCGCGUUCCAACAGUGUCUCUCCACCGCGAUCGACGGCCUGGACGGCGUCUGGGCCGCCUACUGCGCCUUCGAAACCGCUGUCGGCGCCAACAACACACAGCUGGCCGCGAAGUUAACUGGCGAGAUGGAGGCGCACUACGAUGCAUCGAAACACGCCUACCAGGAGAUUGUGCGUCUGACGAGGCACAUCGACCCCGCCAUGCUGGCGGUGCCGCUCCACGAGGCUGUGAAGACUGAGCAGGUACAGGUCCAGCUGGAAGCCUGGCGCGCUCUCCUCCGCUACGAGAAGCGAAAUCCCCUGCGUCUUCAAGCAAGUCCUUUGCUGCGACGCCUCACACACCUUUUCCAAGGGUGUCUGCUGAGCUGCGCCUUCGUUGCGGAUUUCUGGGCGGAAUUCUUUCAGCUCCUCCUCGCCCACAAUCACCCCCACAAAGCGGUGGCGGUUUUGCGCCGAGCCAUCGAGCAGUUCCUUCCAGAUGACGAACUUCUCCAGCUGGUUUUGGCGGAUUUCCUCGAGAGCCGGCGGUUGGUGAACGCUGCGGACGCGGUGUACCGCUCCGCCUUGGCCGUGCAGGCGCAGCUGCAGUCGGCGCCUUCUCCGCUGUCUCCUCUCGCCGAGACAGUUCAAGACGGAGGCCGGAACGGGCCCGGAGACAGCCCCGCAGGCCUCGCAUCGGCUGUCAUGCUGAUUCGUUACUUGGACUUUAUUCGGAGGACGCAUGUGAGUGACUGCUUGUGCUCAAAAAAGGGGCGUCGGCAAAGAAAGACGAGUCGGUCUCGGAGAGCACAUCUCACCAGACUUGUCCCUUUGGCAGUCUCCGUUUUGCGUGUCUCUGCGUUCUGUCCAUCGCCUUGCGGGGGUGUUUGGUGUGCGAGCGAAAGCCAACCGACAGCGGUCUUCUGUCUCGUGUGUCCUCGGGCGAUCGCUUCGUUUCCAGGCGCCCAUGCACCCGGAAGAGACAAACCGCUCACAGUCGCACGCCUUGCAAGGGUCUCUGCUGGGACGAACGCUCCGCCUUCAGAACUGUGGACGGGCCCCGAGAGAAAAAACUCAGAGACGCGAGGGCGCACAGCUUUUGGCUCGCCGUCCACACUUUUGGCAAAUAGCGGGGGAGCGCCGCCUUUGCACGUAGUGUCUCCACGCGGCACAGACGAGCGAUCGUGGGCGACAGGGGGAGAUUCUGGACAGGGGAAUGCUUCCCCCAGACCAGGCACCUAUCUCUGUCGUUUGAUUACCGGUUCCUGUAGAUGCUUCUCUCUCUCUGCUAUCUCUCUUCGACGCUCUGAUGGACAGGAGCGUCUCAGGCACGCUGCACGUAACAGCCGGUUGACUCGUGACCAAGUCGCAUGCAUGUGCUGUGCGUGA